CAUCGCCUCCAGCCUGGACGAAACAAAACCCUCCUCCCUCGCUCGCCGCCUCGCUCGCAGACGCGUCUAGCUAGGGUUUGGUCUCGCCGUUCCGCCGCGCGCGCCUCCAGAAGCUUCUAGACGUUCCGAGGAGGAGGAGGGGAGGCUCCCGCCGCCGCCGCAGCCAUGGCGUCCACCAAGGUCCAGCGUAUCAUGACCCAGCCCAUCAACCUCAUCUUCCGUUUCCUCCAGAGCAAAGCGCGCAUCCAGAUCUGGCUCUUCGAGCAGAAGGACCUCCGGAUUGAGGGUCGCAUCAUCGGAUUUGAUGAGUACAUGAACUUGGUCCUCGAUGAUGCUGAGGAAAUCAACGUCAAGAAAAACACUAGGAAAUCACUGGGCCGGAUACUCCUCAAAGGUGACAACAUAACUUUGAUGAUGAACACUGGCAAGUGAAGAUUCUUAUGGCAGGAAUGAUGUUUGGUGCACGCGUUGAGUAUCUGUGACACAUUGUACUCCAUCCAUCCAGACUUAAAUGUAUCAUGUCAUUAUGGUUUAGUGAGAGUUGUAUUGGCUGUUAACUACCUGAGUAACCUCAUGUGUUAGCUAUAUGCUACAUGCUGUGACAAUGAGCUGCUCAGUGCUCACUUGUGUUCCAAAGAUUAGCCCGACUUGUGUGACGCAUGUUGACAUCUUUUCUGGUUUCAUACUCA